CUAGAGCAGAAUGACUCGAGAUUUCGUGUAGCGCAGUACAAUUCAGUUUGAGCGAAUCUCCUCGAUUCAAAGUACGUAUAUCCCGGCACUAUUCGUUAAACAAGAUAUACUAGCUCUUAGCCACCACACUGUUUAACCAAGUACACGGACUUGGUGAAAGAAAAUUUUUCAUUUAUUCCUGUAGUCAAAUACUAGAUUAGAUUCUACAUAGAAUGGAGAAUAUUUCUUGUCUGGACAAUGUUGUUGAAUUUAUUCUCAGAACCGAGAAUUUCAGUCCUGACGAUAUUGAUGACGCUUUAUUGUUUGACAAUUGUACGGGACAAACCAUUGGGUCCAAAAAAUUCACCAACAGUGAUACAUACAAAAAUGAAUUCAAUAAUAUGACUAAAGCGGUCAAGGAAUCUGUGCCAUAUGAAGAUGUGUUACUAUACUCAGCUGACAGAUUAUCAGUACCUUCCUUCAGUAGUAAUUAUAAGAAAAUGGACCAAGGACAGCAAAUCAACCAAGAGCCUUUUGACCCUACCGAUUUAUUUGAGUUUAGUGAUGAAGAAUUCCGACAAAUGAUUAAUUUACGAGAUUCUUUUGAAGUUCAAGAAGAAGUUGUUACUGAAGAAUGCCCCGAGCAAGGUAUAUACAUUCAAAGUUUGGACAUGAACUACUCUACUGAUUUUGACACCAUAUUAGAAACAGAAGUUGAAUAUAUGUCAUCAACUGUUGAUGUUGACAUACCAAUACCUGAAGGAGAAGGAGCUUCAUAUGAUCUUUCUAGAUUUAACCAAAAAUCACAUGUUAUAAACCAUAUGCUUACCAAUAAUACUGAUCAUUCAUUCUGUUGUGUAUUAUGCAGUAAUCGUUAUCACCAAAAAUGUGAUUCAACCAAACACAUGAAAAUACAAAUAGAUCCUAAUAAUGUAUCAGAUAGUUCACAGUUCACAGUUCCAAUACAUAGUCUGAGUGUUACAAAUGGUAAAGGUUCUGAAAAUAAAGGUGACAUAUAUCAGGAACCAAAUACUAAAAAAGGCAAUGGCCGUAGAAAAAGUCGCAACAAAAUAAAAGAUCCUUUAAUGGCUUUAAAACUUUACUCAAAACCACAUACAUGUAACCCAUGUGGAGUGUCAUUUACAUAUAAAAAUGUACUACUUAAGCAUGCUCGUCUUCGUCACAAUCAUGAUGGUGUAAAUAUUGCUUGUACACAAAAUUCAAAUUCAGAUACUUAUGAACUUACAAUAUUGGCCAAUUCUAAAUUCAAUAACGUCUCUUCUUACUUUUGUGAUUCAUGCGAAGCAGUUUAUAACAGAUUUGAUUUUUUUAAGCGUCAUCAAAGGUGGCAUAUAAAUAUAGAACUUGGAAACAUUGAAGAAGAAACAAAUAAGUGUAUUGAUAGUGGGUUGUUAUUAAAUUCUCUGCCAGAGUUAGAAAUGCACACCAAGCAACAUUUGACUGUUACAAGUUUUCCAAAAAAAUCAAAAUGUUCAGUUUGUGAUCGAAAAUUUGGAGUUACAGAUGAGGUGUCUGAUCUUGACAGGUCUCAAUUACAUAGUGAUUCAUUAACUGAAUAUAUAUGUAGACUUUGUAGAAACCUAAGCAAUGACGAUAAAGUUCUUCAAAAAGAUUUAAUAAUUCAUGACACCUCUAAUGAUAAUGUAAAUAAAAAUGAUAAAGAAGUAACUUGUGACAUAUUAGAUGAAGAAGUAGCUGAUAAACAAGCACUUAUUAAUCACAAAGCCAGUCAUGUGAAUACUAUUAGUGUUUCACAAAAUUCCUCAACUAUAAAAAUGUUUCCUUGUGAUAGUUGUGACAAAGUCGGAACUUGCAAAGAUCAGCGUCACAGCAAGUUAGGUAAUCAAAAAAUUACAUGUUGCUUAGUACCAAAUGCCAUAGCUGGACAGUUUGAUACAGAACAAGUGUCACCUGGAUCAAAAUACACAGAUCUCAAGUCAGAACUUAUACCAAAAAUGCAAUGCUUUGUACUUAAGGACGGAGAGUGCGCCAGAACCUGUUCAACUGCUCUUUAUUAUUAUUCAAGAUCUUAUUCAAACGUUAUGAAUUCAUCGUUAUCAGAGGAUAUAAAUUCUAAUAGAUAUUUAAAUAUUUGA